AUGUAUCAAUGUUUUCGUAUAUUAUGGUGUAUCACUUUCAUUAUAACAAUAAUCAUUUCAAUCGACGCUGCAGCAAUCAUACUGCACAAAAACCAUGAAAUGACAUUUUUUGAGAAGUUACGACUUUACUUCAGAUGCCUUGUGAAAGUAUUAUGUCAUCUGUUACGUUUGGGUUAUAUUGGUCCGCUAUCGGAUCACUAUGCGUAUUGA